CUAUCUUUAUAACUCCAUCGAACUUGCUAACAUUCACAUGUAUACUGACAUUACUGAAAUGGAAAUACUUAAAAACAAUAUAAUUACGUGAAAAUAUUAUAUGCGUGUAAUAAAUAUCAAAUAUGUUAAGAAAUAGAGUGACAAUUUUAGAUAAAAUACUUAUGUGUGUGUAAGUUGUCCAAGUUUGAGUUGGAUAGUUACAAAACCUUGCCCACUCAUUGCCCCCAAUAUGCGGAUUCAUAUUUUAUCCGUACUCACUGAAAUUACUUCAGGUCUGAGUUUUACCCCACCUGAUUGGGUUUUGGGAAGGUAUUGAUGAUUAUUGAUUUUUUAAUGCUAAAGCAAGAAUUCAAUGUAUUUUAAAGAUACUGAAGGUUGCGAUGGAGAAGUCGAUAAAGUGAGGAGUAUUAAAUUAACUUUUAUUACUAUGCACAAUAACGAAACAAGGAUUAUCGAGAAAAGGGGCGAAUCCUCUGAUGAUGAUAAUCAAUUCGUUUAAUUUAUGUAACUCGCUAAAGUUACAAUGCAAAAGUAAAAUUUUAAUUACCGAGAAAAAUGAGGUUUAAUAUUUAUUUAUUUUUAAAUUUUAUGUAAUUUUUCACUAAAAGUACUAGAUUUAAUGUCAACACAAAAAUUGGUUUCAUCUAUUUUGAGAAUUGUUUCUGAUUUAGAUUAAUUUGAUUUAUUAUCUAUAUAUUUCAUUAUAUAUAUUAAUUUUGUACACAUUUUGUAAAACCGUAUUAAAGUUUCCACUGAAAAGUCAGGGAUAAGAUAUUUUGUGUUGAAAUAGUCGUUCAACCAUUUUAUGCAAUUAAAAUUGUCUCCCGACUUGUGCUCGGAUAACCUAUUUUAUCGUUAGAUCAUCGAUAUGGUACAAUUUUACAACUACUGAUAAAAUUUAAAAAUGUGGUAAUGAGACCACCAAAAUUUCCAGAUCAUGACAAUCAUUACUAAACAUGAUUUUUCUUUUUCAUGUUUAAUUUUAAAAGCCUCUAAAACUAUAAAUUUUCAAACAUGUCUUUUUUUUCUUUAGGAAAAUGGUUGUUUCCUUUUUUUAGGUUUUGUUUUCUAUUGUCCAAAAAAAUCAUAAUGGUUAAUAAAUAUGGACCCUUUCCCUACUAUUGUGCUUUGUUAUCCCUCAAUCAAUCAUUCUCUUGACCUAUAAAUUAAUUUCUUUCGUCUUUCUCUUUCGUCUUUCCCCUUAUUCAUAAUCUACUAAAGUCUCUGUAAGAAUGCACGUCAUUUGUUGGUCAGUCAAAUUUUUCUUCCUAACUCCAAAAUUCAUUCAAUGGUUUAGGUAAGAUUUAUUGCAAUAUUUUGGGGUAUGCAUGUAACAAUUAGAGAUGAAUCUUUGGAGCUAGGAGGAGUGAUAGACCGUUAAUUGCACAUGUUUUUAACCCUAUUCUUGAGCCGUUUGAGAUGUUGAUUCUUGUGUUUUAGACGGAUUUCACGCUAGGUUGUUCUUGUUUGUGAUAUUUCAGGUCCUAGUACGUGAAUGAAGGUUUGGGAACGAGUUCGGGGUCGAUUGACGAAGAUUGGACGUUUGGCGAGAAGCUGAGGAACUCACACGGGCAUGCCUGGAAAGCCACACGGCCGUGUGGUUGUGGCCGUGUAGGAUGGCUGGAAGUCACUUAAACGAAACUCGGCGUUUUGACACUCACACGGGCAGUUGGGAAAUCCACACGCCGUGUGGCCUGCCCGUGUGGUCGGGAUUUUCUGGGUUUUAACCCAAUUUCGCGCCAAAGGAGAGGGAAUCUACUUUUUGGAGUAAAAACAGAGCCCUAGAGAGAGAAAGUGCGAAGAACACCCCCAAAGAGUGGUUUUGGAGCUGUGUUUCAUCAAUUAAGCUUGGAAAUCAUCCUUGGAGUGAAGAUCAUCAUCCCAGAGCGGAUUCUUCCCAUUGUUAUGAGUAAGACUGCUUUGUAUUCUGUUUUCCUCUCUCUUUCUAUGGAGUAGAACCCUCUCUCACUUGGGUAUGAAGAAUCCUAGUUCAAUGUGUUAGGGAUCUUGAUUGUAAUGACUUGGGAUUGUUAUACUGUUUGGUUUUAAUCGAAUGAUGCAUGAUUCAUUAAAUCAAUUGAAGUCUGAUCAUCUUUUCUUGAUUUCUGCUGCAACCUGAGAUAGAUAGAAUCUGAUUAGGUUGUUAGAGCUUCAUCAUUCGGUAAUGGUAGAUUGGUUAUACGAGAGUUAAUCAAUUUACUGCUUUGUACUGGAACCCAAUUCCUCUAGUGGAGUUCUGUGCUUAUUGCCCCAGCUUUCUAUCCCGGUGAAGACUAGUCGUCUGCCAGGUAGUUGGACUGAGAGGACUUGGUCAGCUUAAGAGAUUCCAAGCUGCUGUCGGAUCUUCCGCAGUUUAAUCAAAAUAAAUCAAUCCAGGGUAAUUACAACUGAGACAGAUCUAAGGAGCUAAGGGGACUCAUUCCCUAGUGACUCUUCCUUUGCUUUAGAAAACCGAACCAUUUUCUGCUUUCUUACUGCUUUUAGUUAAAACCACAUCAAUCAACAUAGUUUGCUAGAUAAUAGAUAUUCACGGAGUAGGCAGUAGAUCUAGAGCCCGGGUUGAUAAUUAGAACUUGCCACUUUACUGCAUUUCCGGACUGCGAUUGCACUUGGUCGCAGUUUGGUGUUGUGUCUUAGCGGGUCAAGUUUUUGGCGCCCUUGUCGGGGACCCUCUAGGUUAUUGGAGAAACAUGAAAGUUUGUUACUCUAGAUUUUUCUUUACUGCAUUGUCUCUCUUCCACCUGUGUGCCUUCACGGGUUGCUUUUGCUUAUUGUGUGCAGGUAGUGCAUGACCCGUAGCCAGUCGGGAGAUAAACUACCAUUAGACCAGGAGCUUGAACGGACCUGUAGGAACUUCAAGCUGGCUCUAAGGGCGCGACUGGCUGCGGAGGAGGCGCUAGCAUAGCUGCAAAUCGCCGACGAAGAAGAGAUGGGUGAUCUUCAGGACCAUGAUGUGGUCCUUCCUGAGGAGCAGACCAUGUGAUACUAUUGGACCGCUAGGGCCGCGAACAUGAGGUCGCCCAUUCAACACCCUCAUGUGCAGCGAAUAACUUUGAGGUGAGCACCUAUGUCAUCACCAUGCUGCGCGGUUCGGUGGUGUUCCGUGGCAAAGAGGGGGAGUGCCCCCGAUCACAGCUAAGGCGAUUCCACGAGCUCAUCGAUGGAAUCAAGAUAAAUGGGGUCCCAGCCGAUGCCAUCCAGCUGAGGUACUUCCCAUUUACUCUGGAGGGGCAGGCCAAGGAGUGGCUAGACACUCGACCUCCAUGCUCGAUCACCACAUUUGCCAACCUGGAGGACAAGUUCCCCACUCGCUACCAUCCCCCGUCCAAGACAGAGGACCUGCAAAAACAAAUUACCCACUUUGCUCAGGAUGAAGAUGAGACCAUCCGAGAUGCUUGGGAGAGAUACACCAGUCUCUUCCUCAAGUAUCCCAACCAUGGUUUUACUGACGCCUUCAAGGUGGCACCUUCUACCAUGCCCUCUUCCCGGAAGACAAGCAGCUGAUUGACUCGGUCUGUGGCGGGAAUAUGCUCACCAAAACACCGCCACAGCUGAAUCAACUCUUUGAAGAGAUGGCAGAGCAGGGCUAUGAUUGGGGAACGGCGAGGAGAUCGAGACGAGCACCAGGGCGGGGUGUGCAUGUUGUAGCCACCCAGUCAUCUGAUUUGGUGCAGGUGGUAUCUAAACUGGUUUCAGCCAUCGAUCGUCGGGAAUGAUCCCAGGGGCAGGACAUCAGCAGGCGAUGCAAUGCCAGUGGUGCGAGAGCACCCAUCACACUGUGGAAGACUGCCAGGCGAUGCGUGAGUCCAGUACACGCAGGAGCAGGUGAACUUCAUCAACAAUGUCAGGCGCAAUGAACCAUACAGUAACAC